UCAACAACAACAAAUUGAUUUUACUAAAUUAAAUAAAUAAUUCAAAAUAAGCAUUUAAGAGACAUUUCAUAUCGAAUUGACAAAGCGUAAUGGGAGUUCCAGCUUUUUUUAGAUGGUUAUCGCGGAAAUAUCCGAGUGUAAUAAUAGAAUGUGUAGAAAAAAAGCACGAAGAUGCCGAUGGAAAAACAAUUCACGAAGAUGCUACUUUGCCGAAUCCGAAUGGAGUAGAAUUUGAUAAUUUAUAUCUGGAUAUGAAUGGAAUUAUUCAUCCUUGCACUCAUCCGGAAGAUAAACCAGCGCCGAAAAAUGAAGACGAAAUGAUGAUUGCCAUUUUCGAGUGUAUUGAUCGCCUCUUUAAUAUUGUUCGUCCUCGAAAGCUACUUUAUAUGGCUAUCGAUGGAGUUGCGCCUCGCGCUAAAAUGAAUCAACAACGUUCCCGUCGUUUUCGUGCUUCGAAAGAAGCUGUUGAAAAAGCUGCCGAAGUCGAAAGAAUUCGUGAAGAGUUGAAACAAAAGGGUGCAAUUUUGCCUCCGGAAAAGCCAAAAGGAGAACAUUUUGACUCAAAUUGCAUUACGCCAGGCACGCCCUUCAUGGAUCGUCUAAGCAAAUGUCUUCAAUACUAUAUUCACGAUCGUCUAAAUAACGAUCCUGCAUGGAAAGGUAUCAAAGUCAUUUUGUCAGAUGCGAAUGUUCCCGGCGAAGGAGAACACAAAAUUAUGGAUUACAUUCGAAAACAACGCUCGCAACCCGAACACGAUCCCAAUACGCAUCACGUUUUGUGCGGAGCUGAUGCGGAUUUGAUCAUGCUUGGUCUUGCAACGCAUGAAGCAAAUUUUACUAUCAUUCGAGAGGAAUUUUUGCCAAAUAAACCUCGCCCUUGUGAUGUUUGCAACUGUUUGGGACACGAUUCCAAAGAUUGUCAAGGCCUUGCAACUGUAGGAGGCGAGCCUGAUGUUCCAGUUUUUGGAAAAGAAACACAAUACAUCUUCGUUCGACUUUCCGUGUUACGAGAAUAUCUCGAACGAGAAUUGGAAAUGCCGAAUCUACCUUUCGAAUAUAACUUUGAUCGUGUAUUGGAUGAUUGGGUUUUCAUGUGUUUCUUCGUUGGUAAUGAUUUCUUACCGCAUUUACCAAGUUUGGAGAUUCGUGAGAACGCCAUAGAUCGACUCAUUAAUUUGUAUAAAAAAUGUGUUUAUAAGACAGGCGGAUAUUUGACAGACUCAGGAGAAGUUGCUUUGGAAAGAGUCGAAAUGAUAAUGACAGAUUUGGGUUAUAUGGAAGAUCAAAUUUUUAAAGAAAGACAAAAAUCUGAAUUACGAUACAAAGAAAAUGCAAAAAGACGAAAGCUUCAAGAACAAGCAAAACAACAAAGACCCGAUUUCUCUGCAAUGAUGAACUCUCAAUUCGCUCCAACGGCACUCGGCAAAGGUUUUACGCCAAGUGCAUUGACAAAUGUUCGUCAAGAAGCAGCUAAUUUUCGAAUUAUUGGAAUGCAACGUGAAAACUCGUCAAAUCAAUCUUCAAAGAACUCGAGUCUAAAUUCAAGUAGUCAAAAUAGCAGCUUUGAAGAAGAUCGUCGAGGAACAAAACGUAAAGUAGAUGAUGUUGAAAAAGAAGAAGAAGAAGAUGAUCAAGCACAUGAUGAGGUUCGUCUAUGGGAGUCUGGAUUCAAAGAUCGUUAUUAUGAAUCAAAGUUUGAUGUUCAGCCGGAAAAUAUUCAAUUUAGACAAACAGUUGCUUUGGAAUAUGUUCGAGGACUUUGUUGGGUAUUAAAAUACUAUUAUCAAGGAUGCGCAUCUUGGGGAUGGUAUUUUCCUUAUCAUUACGCGCCAUUUGCUUCUGACUUCAUGAAUAUCUCAGGUUUGAGUACAAAAUUUGACAAAGGACAACCUUUUAAACCGUUGGAGCAAUUAAUGGGAGUCUUUCCAGCUGCAAGUAAGAAACAUAUUCCUGAUGUUUUUGCCGAAUUGAUGGUAGAUCCUAAAUCAGUUAUAAUUGACUUUUAUCCGGAGGACUUUAAGAUUGAUUUAAAUGGAAAGAAGUUUGCGUGGCAAGGUGUUGCGUUGCUACCUUUUGUUGAUGAGCAACGGUUAUUCAAAGCUUUAGCUCCAUUUAGAGAAAAAUUGUCUGAAGAAGAAAAAAAACGAAACACAACGGGCGAAGAACGAUUGUAUAUCGGUACUGGAUGUUCUAAUUACAAACUCAUAUCGAAGUAUUAUGAGGAAAAAAUGGAGCAUAACAAAGAAAUUCCCAUUACAAUUGAUGGAAUGCAAGGUUUCAUCUUAUUGACAAAUGAAUGUAUCGAAAUUGGAGAAACAGUUUUUUCACCCCUAAAGAGCCUUCAUGCAAUUGAGGAUAAUAGAGUUUUGACCGUUUACUUUCGCAAUCCAGUGUAUGAUAUAGAUUUUAUUUUUCCUGCGAGAAAAUUAGAUGGGGCUAUUAUGCCCAAAAGGGUAUUGAAAUCGCACGAUAAUAAUGAUCCGAAUUAUAAACCACAAAUAGGCUUUGGAAAUCGCACACAACAAGGUUACCUGGAUCAAUCAGGGCAUCGAAUGUUGAACCAUUAUACAAAUAACAAUUAUAAUAGUGUUGGAAACGGCAAUCAAUAUCAACAAAGACAAGACAGAGGAGGAACUUAUAGUUCUGUUGGUCCUCCAGCAUACCAAUCAAAUCCUACCGACCGUCGCAACAACUAUCAACAACAACAACGCUCUUACGGGAGAGAUUAUAGCACAGGAAGUUAUCAAUCCGGAAAUAAUGCACAUAGAUAUAAUAACCAACAACAACGGCAUCCUCCAUCAUAUCCAUCGCAAACGGGCUCUGAUCGCGGUUACAAUCCACGAAGUCAAGGAGGAUCGUAUCAAAAUAUGUACCCUUCAAAUCAAGCAUCUCAAGGGCGAUACAAUAAUUCUGGACAAAAUCAAGGACAAAACUUUAAUAAUUAUCAUCAAAGUCGGGGCGGAAGCUGGAAACGAUAUUAAAUAAAUUUUUCAUGAUCUUUGCAUGUGCAACGUAAUUGUAUAUAUUUAUAUACUACUUUUAUAUUCUUUUAGUACAGAAAGUAAAUAAGAGACAUGAACUUCUAUUAAAAAUAUUAACUUUAAAUUUAUCACGUAAAAACAUUAACUUUAAAUUUAGGAUUGUUAGGUUAAAAAAAUUGAUAAGCCUCUUGAAUGUUUAACGAAAUUACAAAAUAUAUGUAUAUUCAAUAUAUUGGCUAAUCACAAAAA